GCCAAAGUUUUCCUCUGACUCGCAAAAAGAGGAGUCGACAUGGAUGAAAAGGAGCUGUUUGUGUGAAGAAACGACAAGCCUGAGGAAACCAGUGUCCACACGGUUAAAGAAUGAUUACUUAGCUAGUUAGCGGGGAGUUAUUUAGUAGUUAGCAGGGGAGACAAAAAGCAAAAGUGUUGGGAAAGUUAGAAGCUAUGGCGCGAGACGGGGAAGACGCCGGGAUGGUCAAAGCAGCAAAAGUCAAAAGGCAAAGAAAGAAGAAAACCAAGGAGAACAAAACCAGGACUGUCCACGCAAACAUAUUAUAUGAUAACGCCAAAGGGGAGGAAAACCCCAACCGACACUAUGCAAACAACAAGAUUAAGACGACCAAAUACACUCUUCUGUCCUUCCUACCAAAGAACCUUUUUGAACAGUUUCAUCGCUUUGCUAAUGUUUACUUUGUUUUCAUCGCGUUGCUAAACUUUGUUCCAGUUGUCAACGCGUUUCAGCCAGAACUCGCCCUGGCUCCUGUAGUUUUUAUUUUAUCUGUCACUGCUAUUAAAGACCUCUGGGAGGACUACAGGAGACACAGGUCGGAUAAAGAAAUCAAUCACAUGGACUGUCUGGUCUACAGCAGAGUGGAGAGACGUUACGUGGAGAAGUACUGGAAGGAGGUGCGAGUGGGAGACUUCAUCAGACUGCGAUGUAAUGAGAUCCUGCCGGCCGACGUCCUGCUGCUGACCUCCAGUGACCCCGACCGCCUCUGCCACAUUGAGACCGCCACACUGGACGGAGAGACCAACCUCAAGCAGAGGCAGGUCGUCCGCAGCUUCUUUGACCUGGAUUGUGACUUCGACCCCACAAAAUACAACAGCAUAAUUGAAUGUGAAAAACCCAACAAUGACCUGAACAGAUUUCGAGGCUACAUAAUUCACCGAAGUGGCAGAAGAGAUGCACUUUACAAAGAAAACCUGCUGCUGAGAGGCUGCACCAUCCGCAACACAGAGGAGGCUGUGGGAAUAGUUAUUUACGCAGGUCACGAGACCAAAGCCAUGCUGAACAACAACGGCCCGCGUUACAAGCGCAGUAAACUGGAGAGACAGAUGAAUGUAGAUGUGUUCUGGUGUGUCAUCAUCCUGCUGGUCAUGUGCCUUUUUGCUGCUGUUGGUCACGGACUGUGGAUGUUUCAGUACGGAGAUAAGAGGCCUGUGUUUGACGUUCUCAGUCCAGAGGGGACAGACUUAUCACCUAUCAUGUCAGCUAUUUAUCUCUUCCUCACUAUGAUCAUCGUCUUUCAGGUGCUGAUACCCAUCUCCCUUUUCGUGUCGAUUGAGAUUGUCAAGAUCUGCCAGGUGUUCUUCAUUCACCAGGACAUGGAUCUGUACGACGAGGAGACCGACUCUCACCUGCAAUGCAGAGCUCUUAAUAUCACUGAGGAUCUGGGCCAGAUGCAGUACAUCUUCUCUGACAAGACGGGCACCCUGACCGAGAACAAGAUGGUGUUUCGUCGCUGCACGGUGGCAGGGGUGGAAUACUCGCAUGAUGCCAAUGCCAGAAGACUUGCUAUGUACCAGGAGAUGGACUCUGAGGAAGAGGAGUGCACAUCUCAUGGUGGGACCCUUCCCAGACGGGACAGCGUGACGAGCCACCAGAGCGCCCGGGUGGUUCUACGCUCCCAGAGCACCAAGUCCCACCGGAGAACGGGCAGCCGAGCGGAGGCCAAGCGAGCCAGCAUCCUGUCUAAACACACGGCCUUCAGCAGCCCCAUGGAGAAAGAUAUCACCCCCGACCCUCAGCUCCUAGACAAAGUCAAUGAAUGCAGCAGUCAGAUGGACUUCAUGCGCUUCCACAGCCAGCCCAUGUCCCAGCUGCCCUCUGACCUCUCAGACAUCAUUGAUUUCUUCAUCGCUCUCACCAUCUGCAACACGGUGGUGGUGUCCUCCCCCAACCAGCCACGGCAGAAGGUCAGGAUGAGAUUUGAGCUGAAGUCCCCCGUGAAGACCAUCGAGGACUUCAUCAAACGCUUCACGCCUAGCAGGCUGACCUCAGGCUCCAACAGCAGCAGCUCAUCCAGCCUCAUCACUAACCGCUCCUCCAACAGGGGCUGCUCCAGCAUCCUGUCCUCCCCCUCUGCAGAGAGCACGCUCACCAAGUUGGAUGAGGAGAAGCCUCCAAACCUGGAGCACACCUUCAGCCCCGUUCCGCCCUGUUACAGUGAAAAGGCCUGGGCGGUAGCGGAGGGAGAGCUGCGGUAUGAGGCCGAGUCACCUGACGAGGCUGCGCUGGUCUACGCCGCAAGAGCGUACAAGUGCUCCCUGGUGGGACGGCUUCCGGACCAGGUGACUGUGGAACUGCCUCACCUGGGGAAACUGAGCUUUGAGCUGCUGCACACACUGGGCUUCGACUCCACCAGGAAACGCAUGUCUGUGGUGGUUCGGCAUCCGCUCACCGACCAGAUCACUGUCUACACUAAAGGAGCAGACUCUGUCAUCAUGGACCUCAUCAAACCCCCCAACACAGGUAACUCCAAAGGGAAACGGCAAAAAAAGAUUGUCUACAGGACCCAAAACUACCUGAACCUGUACGCUGCAGACGGUCUCCGCACACUGUGCAUCGCAAAAAAGGUUCUGACCAAAGAGGAAUAUGCCUGCUGGCUUCAGCGCCACCUAGAGGCUGAGACAGCCAUCCAGGGAAGAGAGGAGCUGCUGUUUGAGUCAGCCCUGAGGCUGGAGACCAACCUCCAUCUCUUGGGAGCGACUGGCAUCGAGGACCGCCUGCAGGACGGGGUUCCUGAGACUAUAGCCUCUCUGCGGAAGGCAGGCCUGCAGAUAUGGGUGCUGACGGGGGACAAACAGGAGACAGCUGUCAAUAUCGCGUAUGCCUGUAAGCUGCUGGAGCCUGAAGAGGAAAUCCUGACACUGAACGCCGAUUCUCAGGAGGCGUGUGCUUUGUUGCUGGAGGAAAGUUUACACUACAUCCAGGCUAAAUUCCUCUGCAGCUCUGCGGACCAUGCUGCCAAGGCCUUCACGGCCAACUUUGCACCCUUUGAGAUCUAUCCCUCUUCGUCUCCGUCCUCAUCCUCUGUGCCCUUCAUGGUGCACCGGUUGGGCCUGGUCAUCGACGGCCGGACUUUGGCCUACGCCCUGGACAAGAGCUUGGAGGAUAAAUUCUUGGCUGUUGCCCGGAGCUGCCGUUCGGUGCUCUGCUGUCGUUCCACGCCACUGCAGAAGAGCAUGGUGGUCAAACUGGUGCGGAACAAACUGAAGGUCAUGACGCUCGCCAUAGGUGACGGCGCGAAUGAUGUCAGCAUGAUCCAGGUGGCUGACGUGGGCGUGGGCAUCUCGGGACAGGAGGGGAUGCAGGCAGUGAUGGCGAGCGACUUUGCACUCCCACGUUUCCGCUAUCUCCAGAAGCUCCUGCUGGUCCACGGACACUGGUGCUACUCCAGACUGGCCAACAUGAUCCUAUACUUCUUCUACAAGAAUGCUAUGUUUGUAGCGCUCAUCUUCUGGUAUCAGUUCUACUGUGGAUUCUCUGGUUCGGCCAUGAUUGACCAGUGGUAUCUUAUCUUCUUCAACCUGAUGUUCUCCGCCUUCCCACAACUCAUCACUGGCACUCUGGACAAAGACGUGUCAGCAGAGACUCUCCAACAACUACCUCAGCUCUACAUCAGCGGCCAGAACUCCGAGGAAUAUAAGCCAUAUAUGUUCUGGAUGAACAUGAUCGAUGCCUUCUACCAAAGCCUGGUCUGCUUCUUCAUUCCAUACUUUGCCUACGCCGACUCUGACGUGGAUCUAUUUACAUGGGGAACUCCCAUCACCACCCUCGCUUUAUUCACCAUUCUUCUGCACUUGGGCAUUGAGACCAAAACAUGGACCUGGAUGAACUGGCUGUCCAUCAGUUUCAGCAUAGCCUUGUUCUUCACCGUGGCUCUGUGCUACAACGCCUCCUGCCCCACCUGUUACUCCCCCUCCAACCCCUACUGGACCAUGCAGAGGCUGCUGCAGGACCCCCUCUUCUACUUCCUCUGCGUCAUCACACCUGUCACCGCCCUGCUGCCCAGAUAUUUCUACAGGGCGUGUCAAGGCACACUGUUUCCAAGCCCGGUCCAAGUUGGAAGGCAGUUGGAUAAACUCCCCGCUGAAACCCGCAGGAACAUCCUCAGCCUGAGCAGGGUCAAGGUGGGGUCGCCGCUCAGCACCAAGCCCCCCUUCCUGUCCCUGGCCAAGCCCCUCCCUAAAGGUAGCAAUAAAACAGAGAAGGGGAGCUUCCCCAGCCCAAAGGCGUCGCAGGGGUCCAUUUUACAAACACACGACACACGGAAGUGUCAUAAAAGGAGUCAGAGCGAGCCCCUGGGGCCCAAACACAGUGAGAAGAGCCUCUCUGAUCUGUACACGCUGAUGUCCACAGAGGGGGACACUCUGCCUUACACCAAAGACUCCCAGUGUCUCGAUAAGACUUUAGACGUGAGCGUGUCAAGCUGGAUCACCUCGACGCCGCAGACAGACAGCGUGGAGCUGCCGCCGGACCGAGGCUCGUCCCAGUGCGUCAGAUACACCAGGAACUCAGAGGAAGGACUGGGGUCUGAGCCCAGCGUCCACCAGCCGGGUCGGAGGACGGAGCAGAGGCCAGAACCGGCGUCGCUCACCACGUCAUGACACCAUUCAGUCUUAAGUAUCGAACUCAGACUCCAGUUUGCACGAUAGUUUUUUUUAAAUCUAAUUUUAUUGUAUUUUUCAAGGAGAUUCUUUUAUAAAAGACACAAAGAGGUACUUUAUAUUUUGGAUGUAUAAAAGUUAAGUUACAGAAGCACAUCGCAACCACUGGAAGAAAAAAUAGACAUCUUUGAAGAAAAUAUCUCAGAAUGAUCCUUUAAAACAUACUGACCGUGCAGUCGUGAAAAGUUAAGCCUGUUUUUGAAUCAUGACCAGAAAACGUGGACACGAAAGGAGAAAAUGCAGAUUUUUGCACAAAAUAUUAAUGUUAUAGAAUGACAUGAAGAAGCUCUAAAGUCGAAUAGAAUGAGGUUGAUUUUCUACAGUUCACAAUAAUUGACUGUUUCUCAUGACAAGUCUGAAAAAAAUCUGAUUUUUACAUUAGAAUAUUAAGAUAACAUAGACAUACUAUAAUCCAAUCAAAAGUCUCAUACGUCCAGAGCAGUUAUAAUAUUUACUAAAAUAAAUAAAUCACACAUUAGAACUAAAAAUAAAUAAAAUUGUUAUUCCUUAAGUUUGAAUGCAUUGUUGGAGUCCUAAAUUUCAGGUGCUAUGGUCUUAAACUACAUUUUAUGGUAUAACAAAUAUGCAGAGCAUGUUAGAAAUGUAAGACAAAAUAUGUUAAUCACAUUGAACAGGCAAAGCACCAUUAUCACAAUCUUUUUGUUUUCCAGCCCUAUAUUAAUGUUCCAGAUACCAUUACUGUUAUGGGACACAGACAACCAUUAGAGUGUAAUUUAGUGCUACUUGUAUUUUAUGUAAAAGUUUUUUGGAUUUUAGGGCUUGUUUAGAACUAUUUUAAUGUAAAAAUCUGCUUUUUUUCAGUUUGUUUUUCUGUGUGGAGUUUCAUGUGCUCCUCGUUUCUGUGUGGGUUCUCUCCAGUUCUCCGGCUUCCUCCCACCAUCCAAACACAUGCACCUUAAUGGGUUAACUGGUCAAAUCUAAAUCACCCAUAGGUGUGAAUGUGAGUGAAUGGUUUGACUGUAUAUGUCAGGAUUAAGAAGGUUCAGAGAACGAAUGAAUGAAUGAAUGACUGUUACGUGAAUUGGUAAUUAGGUUUAACUUUUAACAUAAUUAUCACCUUUUCUCAAAAUUAAACGAUCAGGAUGUUGUAAUUACUGAUAAGAUGUUUAGUUAUUGUCCUUCUUGAGUGAUUGCCAUGUGUUUCUGUACAAAGUAAAGAUAUUUUUGAUGUUUGGGAGUUAAAAGAGCUGGAAUAUCUCCCACUUAUGUGCAAGUUUGAAUCCUGGGAAUUUUCUAUUUCAACAUUCAUCUCAGUGUUCGUUCAGAUCAUUAAUUCAUGUGUUCGUUCUGAUAAAUGGUACAUUCCACCGCUUGGUCUCGGAGCUCUGCCUGUAAACACACAUGACGACCUGGAUCACACGCCGCCGAGGCCUUGAAUCACUGUUCAUGUUCUUGAGAUGGAAAACGGAGCCUUUCAAGCCCCUUCGGAAACACGUUUUGAUGCCAUGUGAGAUUUAUCCUGACAUGGAUCAGCAAACAGAGGCAUUUUAGUUAUGUUACAUAUAGUUUACUUACUGCUGGACUGACAACCUGUUUUUUAUCAAACAUUGAAAAGCAUGUUUAUGUGUUAAUAGCUGUUUUUUUUAUUUUCCAUACAAUACAUUCCACUGAAUUCUUGCAGGAGCUGUACACUUUAAACUGAAUUAUACUUUAGGAGAAUUUAGAAGGAAAUAUUGUCUUAUACAGCAACAAUCUACCAGAAAUGAUGCUUUGUGUCUGUGUGAGAGUGUGUGUGUGUGUGUGUGUGUAUGUGUGUGAGUGUGUAAGAGUAUGAGUGUGUCUAUUGAUUUAAACAGUGCUGGCCAGUCUUAACUUUGGCACUGCACCGUAGAUUGACAACAAGCUACCAUCACACACGUUUCACAAAAAGGUGUACUUGAAGGUCCUUUCUGUUUUUGUUUGGUUUCCAACAGUUAAUAUCCUGUUGGUCUUGUUCUUUUUUUUUUUUUUUCUUGCUGCCUGGUGUUCAGCUGUAAACCCAAAGUCUUUCCCGGUGUCAAACAUGAGGCUAUAAAAAAAUUAACAUUUGCACUUUGUUAAACAUGAUUCCAGAACUGGCGUCGAGCCGGACAAGUGCUCGGAUCCAGCGUGAGAAUGGGAAGUGUUACACUAUCACAAACAUGAUGGAGUGUUAAAAAGUGUAGUAAAUUGGAGCGACGCUACAGCGUGCUUAGAAACAGUUAAAGCAACAGCACCUUGAAUAUGUGUAUGAUUGUUGUACAGUCUUUCUCUGUCUUCAUUGCAGUACUUUUUAUAAAAAAAAAUGUUACCAAAGAUCAUUUAUUUUCUAAGCAAUACUCUGUGCCUUAACACUGGAAAA